AUGGUGCGGGGUACGCCUCCGCUAGUGCAACAUCCCGACAGGGCCGUAGCAAUCCCAGUUCACCAGAAUGUGUCCGCCGAGAUGGCAAGUGUGAAGGAGACGACAAGCGUGGUGCGCGGUACGCCUUUAUCGGUGCAACAUCCCGACAGGGCUGUAGCAAUCCCCGUUGACCAGAAUGUGUCCGCCGAGAUGGCAAGCGUGAAGGAGGGACGCCUUCAUCGGUGGAACAUCCUCAUCGUGGCUGCUGAAGUCCCCGUUGAUAUGAGUGUGCGUCUACUUAGACGACAUGCGUGGUGCAGAAUACGCAUCUAUCAGUGCAACACGAUAACGUUGCUGCUGUAG